AUGCAGCAGCCUGAAACAGCACAGACAGCUCAGCAAACCAUCACAGAAACUCUGGACUCAGCAGCUAUGUACAAGCGCCGGGGGAAAACAGCUCUCUGGAUGACCAUCUCCCUGUUGUUUCUGGCUCUGGUGAUCCUGACCAUCGGUCUGAUCGCUACCACUCGUACCACCAACGUGCCCGUCUCUGGAUAUUAUCCUGGCAUCGCACUCAGUUUUGGAGCGUUCCUGGGGAUCGUUGGCAUCCACCUGGUGGAGAACCGCAGACCCAUGUUGGUGGCAGCGAUAAUCGUCAUCAGUAUCGGGAUCAUCGCGUCGUUCAUCUGCGCCAUUAUUGACGGGAUCAUCGCUUCUGAGUUCAUAGACAUACGGCCUGUGGAGGAGGACAUGUGUGACUUUUACAGCAGUGGAGCAGGAUAUGCAUAUAACAGCUACUUCACUGAGGUGACGUGCAACUCUUACAACAAAGCCUGCAAGCUGAACAUGAAGCGCAACACCUGCUACUGCUGCUACCUGUACAACUGUGAGAGCACUGAGUACCACCCUUACUACUACCAGUUCACUGGGGUCAACAGCUGCUGGGAUGUGAUCCACCUGUACCGGCUGCUCUGGGCCUCCGUGGUGCUGAACGUGAUCGGCCUGUUCAUGGGCAUCAUCGACGCCGCCAUCCUCGGAGCGUACAAGGACGUGCGGAAACCGUCUCCACCGGUGGUUUCCAGUCCGGCGCCGCAGCCCCACAUCCUUUACAACCCGACCCAGCACAUGAUUAGCUACUCCGGGUUCUGUCCUGUGGGUCCAACUCUGCCCGCCUACCCAAACUACCCCAUACCAAUGCAGCACACCAACAGCUACCAGCCACCAGCAGCUUCCCAGGUGAUCCCCGAAGGCGGCUCCGGCUCCUCUGAGGAGAACCAGAACCAGCAGCCCGCUCAGGUUCCCACUCAGCCACAGCCUCAGGGGACCACCCAGGACCCGGGAGUCUACGGACUGACCCCCAAUGCUCCUGCCCUCUACGGAUCCGCAUUCGGUGCCUUUGAGAAACCUCCACCAUACGCCUGCUGAGCGCGCGCGCACACACACACACACACACACACACACACAGUGAAACAAAAGACUUGUGUGGAGAAAAAAACAACCAACUCUAUAUCUUUUUGUCUCGUGGGUUUUAACCGGUC